UGUACAGUUCGUAUUUCAAAGUGAUUCCAUGAUAGGGACGAAAGCACAGCGCCCAAGUCACAAUCUGUGACUGCCUGCAUGCGCAUCACCCGUUCUCUCGGUUUAUUUCGCCCGGAAAAAGGUAGGGUUGCUGGAAAGAUCCAGUAGGACCAGUAUCCACGGGUAACUUUCCAUUAUAAAUCUUUCUACCCUUCUUUGAACUCGCCAUCGAUAGCAAUGGUCUCCACUGGAAUGAAGCCCGCUCCCUUGGGCAGUGCAUACAGGAUGCAACAUCAGAGUAACGAAUCAGCUGCCGGUGACGGCCAUCGCACCAUACCACGACCGACGCCUGCGGAAUUUCGCAAGUUAGUAUCUGGUCCCCAAGAAAACAUCAUCCGUGCAAUGGACGUAAGUCAGCCGGUCUUCGAAGAAUUCAAGAAAAUUCUCCGCGAUCAAGCAGUUAUGAUGCUUGAUUGCGAGAGGUUCAUACACGAGCAAGUCCCAGACAUCUGGGCAAUAUAUUUGGACUGGGCUCGCGAGGAACUGGCAUCAUUUUUAUCCAAGUACACCGAUGGACAGUGGCCUGUAGAGCUUUACAUCGAACAUUACUUAUCCAAGAAAACGUAUGCCAAGCGUCACGCCUUCAGAGCCAAGAUAACGAAAUUAAGGCCCGCCCCCAAAACUGUUCGUGUUAAGAGCUCUGCCUCAGAGCAUGGUGCGAGCUUGCCACCCGCUCCCGGUGGUCCACCUCCACCUUAUGAAGAUCACGACUUUGUACAACCUCAUGCGGCGAAUGACGACAAUGUCACUGUCGAGAACUUUCUCAAGACUGUUAACCCUGACAUUAGCCACUUCCUCCCCGCGUUUGAGGAAUUAGGGAUCAGCAGCGAAGCGGACCUGGUUGUUGUGAGGUCGUGGGCUCCUGGUGUGCGAAAGGAUUUUUUCGAGAGAGAAUUGAUGGGGAAGAUGAGCGCUCUCCAGAUCCAGGCUUUGAAUAUCAAACUUGGAGAGGUGAAUUAGCGACCAUCCCAAAUUUAUGAUCUUUUAGUCUUAAGCUUCACACUUAUAUGAUAUUUUUUCCUUCAAAUCGAGUUCUACUUGCAUUUUGUGGGUGGCUCUGUUUUGCCAAUCGGCAGCAUUCUCUCCCUUACGACGUUGGGAAUCAAAAGAUUCUUUGAUCUCGGAAAGGCGUGGUGGGUCAUGGCGAGAUCGUAG